AUGCAACUCCCGAUGAAACUUGGGAUUGGCGGAGGCAUCAUGUUCUCCAUUUCCGUGUUCUUCUUAUUCAUUGCAUUUCCAAAGAUACUUAAAUCACAGAUUCAUAAGGCGAGCGCUCUUAUACCAGGCAGUGAAAUGCGAAACUUGUGGGCUGAUUUACCAAUUCCUCUCGACUUUAGGAUCUUUCUGUUUAAUAUAACAAAUGCCGAGGCUAUCGCGCAGGGUGAAAAUCCGAUUGUAAAGGAAGUGGGACCUUUCUUUUAUGAUGAGUACAAGCAAAAAGUUGACUUAGUCGAUCGGGAAGAGGAUGACACACUUGAAUACAGUCUUAAAACUACGUGGAAAUUCAAUGCUGCAAAAAGUAAUGGAUUAACUGGGGAAGAAGAAAUUGUUUUUCCUCACCUACUUAUGUUGGGUAUAAUUAUGGGUACACUCAAGGAAAAACCUACGGCAAUGGGCCUAGUCGGCAAGGCUAUUAAUAGUAUUUUCCAAAAACCUGAGUCGAUAUUCAUUAAGGCCAAGGUAAAAGAUAUCCUGUUUGAUGGGUUGCCUAUCGAUUGCACUGUGACUGACUUCGCUGGUAGUGCUGUUUGUACAAUUUUAAAAGAGCAAGCCGCAGAUUUGGUCAAUGAUGGUGAAAAUAAAUACCUGUUUUCAUUCUUCGGCGGGAAAAAUGGAACCAUUGCACGUCAAAGGCUACGAGUUUAUCGUGGAAUGAAGAAACGAACAGACGUUGGAAUAGUGACUGAAUUUGAUGGCAAGCCAUCUCAAACGAUAUGGGCAGGCGAUGACUGCAAUAAUUUUAAUGGAACGGAUUCGACAAUUUUCCAUGCAUACCUUUACGAGGAUGAAGAUUUAGUUUCUUUUGCUCCUGAUCUCUGUCGAAGUAUGGGAAUUGUAUUUGAGAAAAAAAGUAAAGUCAAAGGUAUUAAAACAAAUCGGUACUCUGGAAAUCUUGGAGAUACAAGCACUGACCCACUGUUGUCUUGUUUCUGUGAAACGCUAGACACGUGUCUAAAAAAGGGUCUUUUUGAUCUUUCAAAAUGUGUCGGUGCUCCGAUUAUUGCAAGCCUUCCACAUAUGUAUCUAACCCAUGAAAUGUAUCAAAAAAAUGUCACCGGACUACAUCCAAACAAGGAUGAGCAUGAGAUAUUUGUAGAGUUCGAACCAAUGACUGGCACACCAGUGAGUGCCAGGAAGAGACUGCAAUUUAAUAUAUUUAUCCAACCUAUUGAUAAGUUAAAGCUGAUGAAAAACUUCCCAUAUGCUUUGCUACCACUUCUUUGGGUUGAGGAGGGUAUUUUACUCGAGGGAGAUUUCAUCAAACAGCUGAAAAGUGUUUUCACUGUUCUCAAAGUUGUGGCAGCCUUUAAGUACAUUUUUUUGUUUGGAGGACUGGGCAUGUGUGGUGCAGCAGGUUACCUGCAAUAUAGAAAGAGAGUUUCAAAUACAAUGGAAGUUACUAAAAUGCCAGAAAAUGGCAGCAAGCCUAGCACUAGAGAUGGAGACGAUGAGAAAAAAGAGUGGCCUCUUAAUGUACAAACCCUUCAGGGUGCUGCUGUACCUGCAAAUCUUGAUUAGUAAUCAAAUUAUCUUAUCUAUCGAAACAUUAUAUUUCGAAAUUCGAUAUAUAGACUGAUAUCGAGGAUAGUAUAACGUCAAAUGUAUUUUAUGCUCGUACGAAUGUCUUUCAAUCCAUGCAAUUUUUGUUUCAAAAUUAAAUUUCGCGUAAAUAUUGUGAAGUAUGAUUUAACUUUGCAAAAAGUCUUCUUUAAGUUAUUCACUUAUAUUAUUUACUUGUAGUAAAACUUUUACUUAAGAAAAAAACUAUGAUUGUUUCUGUAUGAAAUGAGAAGUAUGAUUCAGUGAAAGUUUAAGGCACUUUGAAGCUAACAAAAUAGAUUGUUAUUUUGCUGGAUAGAGUAUUUCAAGUCUAUAUUUUUUAGUUAAUUCUGUGGUCUAUAUGUGUUCGCUAUUUUAGAUUUUCUGUUAUUGAACAUUUCUUUUCAAGAGAGUAUUUAAUUUCUUAUUAAAACAGCAUAAUGUGUAAAUACUUCCAUAUAUUUAAUUAUCCAUUAUUUUUAAUUUACUUUACAAACAAAAUAUGCAGGUAUUAAAUUCAUUAUUUUUUCUUCAAGAAAAGCUGAUUCUUUUUAUCAUUUUAAUAAAAUCACUUUGAAGAUAUUUUGCGUAGUAGUUUCCUUAAGAGAAAAACUAAUUUUCGUAACCCUUUAACUGAAACAUUUUUUCUCAUAAACUUGGACUUGUUACUGCCUGGACCAAAAAAUUGACCGAGGUUUAUUGGACUCAAUCUUAGUCAAAAUGUAGUCCUAUUGUAUGGUAGUUUAAAGAAAAAAUAAUUUCUUGGGAUACACAUUUGUUGAGGUAGAGCAGCCGCAUUUUGUUCUUGUUACAGCUUUAAACUCGAAGGAAGACCUUUAAAGCUCUUUUCAUUAACAAUAGAAAGGUUAUCAAAAAAUAAAGGUUUGACUUUAGAAAUUAAAAUCGAAGGAAAUUAAUUCUGAAAAAAUCGAUUUGAUUUUCAUGUUGUCGAAAAAGACGACAAAUGUACUUGUCUUACUUGUUACUUAUUUUCAGGUCAAAGGUUCGAUAAUUUUAGUUUCAAAUUAAUAUUGGGCUGAAUGGACUACACACGCACGCACAUACCCCCCCCCCCUCACGCACAUAUUGAUUUGCGAAAAACUAAAAAUACUAAAAAUGUCAACACCUCGCAUAGAUAACAGGUUAGACUGCACACACACACACACACACGCGCGCGCGCGCACGCACACGCAAACACAACUCCACGACUGCUAAUUUACAUUAUGGAAUAUUUGGCAAAAGUUUUAGCAAAGUGGCGUCGCUUGACAGCUAAGGGCAGUAUGAAAACUAUGUGGGCCCUUUUUCACGAGUGAUUUGUUGCUUUAGACAUUUUGUUAAUAGAUAGGUUAAAAAUUUUAUCACAUUCAAUGACUAAAUUGAUCUUUUAUAAAAUACAUUUUUUUUAACGGAACUGAUAAUAUUUUUUUAUGAAUAACAUCACCUAAUUUGAUAUCUCAGCAACUCAGUAUAAUAAACUCAGUGUAUUUAGAUGUAAUAUUUUACAAAUUGUACUCAUUAAAUUAAAUCUUAUUACCUUAGUGUAUAAAUUUCGUGAAAAAGAAUUUCUAAUGGUUUAUAUCCCACAGUAAAUGAAUGAAUUGGAAAUAGAAAGAGUUAAAUUUUAUUUAAAAUGUUGUGAAUCAUAACAUUUCGAUUCGAUCGGAAAAUGGAGGAAACAAUCGAGGAGCGUUUAAAAGACGUUUUCGAGAUAAUGAUAUUCACUAUUAUUCUUCUCUAAAUUAUUUUACAAAAACUCAGUAAAAAGAAUAUCAUUUUUUUAUAGUGUUAAUUCUUGAAAUGGAGAUUCAUAUUAUUUCGUAUUUAGAAUACUACUUUGUCGCCUUUGUCACUUCAAUACUCGUAUGAUAAUAUUAAACUUUUGUAUUGAAAUACGAAUACAAUUAUCCAAUUACAUUAAUAAAUUUAUUAGAAUUUUUUUACGAUAUGUGGAAUAUAUUGUUUUGGAACCUUAAUGCACUUAUAUUAACAGUCAUAACGGCGACAAAAUUUUUCAUUCUUAAACUUUACCCAAGAUUAAGCCCGAUGGAUUUUUGGGUUAAGGCAGAUGAGAUUAAUUACCACAUAUAAAAGUUAAAUUUAUAAUUUUAUAUUAGAUACUGAUAUUAUUUACCUUAAUCUGAAAUUCAAUGUAUGGUGCUGUAAAAAACUUUUGAUCACAUGUAGAGAGGAAUUUCUACAACUUAGUCUGCUGAAUAAAACUUUCACUCAGGCUCAGAAGUGGAUGCAAAUAUAGAAUAAUGUAUAUGACAGUGUGACACUAAUUCAGAGACUAUCAGAAAAUUUUGCUUUCAUAAUUACAUUAUCUCCGUUGUUGAAAUAUUGUUAAGAUGCUAUUAAAAUAAUAAUUAGCAUGGCGUCAUUUUAGUGUAUACUUUAAUGUUUUAUUCACUGCGAAAACUAAAAUUAAAGAUGUAGUAGAAUUAAUGGGUGUAUAUGUGUAUUAUCUAUUUUGUAUAUUACUAAUUUUAAUCAUAAGUAAUGGUCAUCAAGAAUGAUCAAUAAAUUAUUAUUUAAUUUUGUACUAAAAUGUCAAUCUACAUUUAGCUUGUAGUGCAAAUAAUUUAUUAACAUAUGAAAAUAAAAAUCUAUCUUAGAGUAUUUAAAAGUCGCAAUAAAAUAGUUAAAAUUAAUAUUUAAGAAAUAUAGUAUCGAAAUGUGAAGAAGAAGUUUCUAACUGUCUCUAUUUUGUGCAUUAUAUCAUCGGUCCACUGAAGUUAAUGCUUUUAUUUACGGUUAAUGAAUUGCCUUUAUUGAUAUUGAUUUACUUGCGAUUAGUUAUAGUAAUAAAUAAUAUUUAAAUUUUCAAAGUUGAAGUGCUUUUGUUUCUUUUUAUAUUUAUAGAAUCUCGAAGCACCGUACGUUUUCAUAUUAAUUUAAUAGCAGUUAUUAGCAGUUUAGAAUAUUUGACGAGAGAAAGAAAAUUUACUGCUUUAAUGUACAUAUAAAACGGUCUUUGAGGGCUUGGACCUUCCAUUUGGAGUUAGAGCAAUACCGCUUGGCACAGGGAAUUUAUCCCUGUUAGAAAAAUCUGUACUAGAUUUAGUAUACACAUGAAGGAAGAAAUAAGUCACAACAUGAAAUUAAAUGUAGUAUAUCUGCGUACAGUAAAAUUAAUAUAUUCAUACUGAAUUGAGUAUACACGUAUACUAAAUUUCAUGCACAUCUAUAAUAAAUUCAGUAUGAAUAUACUAAAUUUACCGUAUGCUGGUAUACUAAAUUUAAUUUCAUGUUGUGCUUUCUUGCUUCCACUACAUUUAUACUAAAUCUAGUACAGAUUUUUCUAACAAUGCAUCCAAAGGUAUGAGAUAAGCCUGGUUGCCACAACCAGACUGUGGCCUGGGUGUAGUCAUACAACCAUUAGACAUAGGUCAUAGAGGGCUAACGAAGUACUUGUACUCUGCCGUCGAAACUAAAAAGAUACAUAAGUGGAAUCUUGAUGAAAAAUGAGUUUUUGGUAUCUUUGAAUUCGUAAGAAAAUCUACGCCUCUCUUUUUUAAUAAAAAUUAAUAGUUAUUAAUAUUUAGUGCAAAAACAAUUGUUUAUAAAUGAGGAAAGUCGAAAUAGUAAAAGAACACAACAUAAAAAUAUACGAAAGCACUGUACGUGUCCUAAAAUGUGUACAAGGCAUGUAAUAACGUCAUAGGCAUACAAAUAAAAAAAAAUAAUUUACAGAACUUUGUGUCUUUUUUGCCUUGUAAAAGUCACAGACUGCGGAGCGAGUUUAAAAACGAAAUGAAUUGCUUGCCCUUACAUUUGUUUUAGAUUUCUGAAAUAGAAUAAUAACAGAUUAUUGUAACCUAAGUAAUGUAUCUAGAUAAUUCAAAAUUUUAUUCGAUAUUAGAGUUCUUUGGAAAAAUAGUUUUUUUCGAUUUUCUUCUGAGUUCAAAUAAGAAUUUACAUAUGUAUGUUUUUAGUUUGUACGGCAGUACUGAGCCCUAAAUACCGUUUCGAGAGUCUGAGAGGAAAUUAAUUACCUGAGUUUUCUUUCGCGUAUCCGGAAAUCGCAGUAGAGAAGCACUCAUUUUUAUCAAUUCUGUGUAUUUCUAUUGUAUAAAGUGAAGUUAGUAUACCUCUGUGUGUUAAUCUGAAAAUUCUGUAGGAGCUGAUGAACGCCAAGUAGUAGUAAGUUUUAAUCUUGUUAUGUGGCAGAAUUUAUAAUUGGGCACAAGGUAUGGCACUAAAUUUUGUUGUGAUGUCAUGUGAUGAAUUAUGUGGCUAACUCUUUUCGGCAUUGUCUUUUUUAUUGUUUUAUCUUACUAAAGUGAUCUUCUAAGGUUAUCUAGUGCUUUAAGCUAAGUUUCGAACUGUUAAUAUAACGUCGCCGACAACAAAAGCAUCCAAAGUACCAACAGAUUAGAAAAAAACAUUUCUUCUGUCAGGAAUACCUUGAUGAACUACAUAUCACUCCCACAGUAGCAGGUUACAAUUUGGGCGCAAGGAGCCUGAAAGGUUCUUUUGAUAAUCGAGGGGCUACUCACUAAGAAAUCUUAGAUUGCUGCACCAGAAAUAUUAAGAGAAGUCUUGGAGGAACUCUUGAAAAUCUCUGCAAUCUAGCAUUCGUGAGAAAUUUUGGAAGUCUUUGGCUAAAUGUGGGCGGAGGUGAAGUGCUGUGAAGCAAUCUGACCCACGAUCUUAUGCGCGGAACGAACAGCCGACUGAAUCCGAAAGUCACCGUGUUUAGCCGAGUCUAUAGAAUCCUACAAAUCAGUUCUGAUCGCGAGCAGUAUCGGAAAUAUGGGAAGUCCCGGUAAUCUCAACGAUGGGGGAUGAUACUAUGACCUACACUGAAUAUGUUGGCACUAUACUCUCGACUAUACUCAUGUUGCUUUUGUGAUACAAAAAGAGUAGAAAAGGACAUGUCAGAAAUAGUGAGCCACACAUAACAAAUAAAUUUAGAACCACAACUUAUGCUCGCUCGCAGAUUCCUUCACGUUACAGGAUUACCACUUAUCAGAACCAAACAAGAAUUAUUCUGGUUUUACACACAAGCCACUAACUUUAAUUCAUAAAAUAAUGUUCAUACACAUAAUCGUUGAUAAAAAGAUCUUUAUCUAUUCCGAUUGUCGAUACGCGGAUAGUAAACCCUAUUCGAUGGCAUAAAAGACAAUCUAGGUCAGUUUUCGGAAGUUAAACGUCGUUCAUGCUUCACAACCCUUAGAAGCAGGAUAAUAUUAUUUAUAAAAAUUGCCGCUACUAGGUAGGCAACUCAGGCCCUUGCUUUCCUCUCAGUACGAGGGUUCAGCGCUCAAUGCAGGUACUUAGUACUUAAUAUUUUAUUUCAGUGGUGUAACUAUCGGUGUUCCAUGUGAUCCAUCGGGAACUCGGGGUCUAAACUAGGAGGGCCUCCAAGGACUCGAAUCACAAAAAGUUCAUGAGAAAGAGCUCAAAAGAAAUCUAUUUUUCAUCCUAACAAACUAUGUGUCAUUUUAAGUGGGAGCAGCCCCUUUUCCUCCGAACACAAGUUUCCUGAAAAUAGUAAGGCUAUUGUUCUAUGUGUAAUGGUUUAUUGAUUGCACCAAGGCCGUAGUAGAGUUUUAAUAAACUUUUUUGAAGUCACCCUUGAGAGAAGGCAAUAUACAAAAAGCGAACGUUUCCUCAUUGAUAUAUUGUGUUGAUAAAAAAUAUGCGUUAAACUUGGCUUAAACUUAGCAAAAAAAGCGAUGUACCGACAGUCUGCCUUGCUGCAUGGACAAUCCACCAUACUGGAAUCAUGCAUGGAGUCCGGUCGUGGCAACCGGAUUUAUUUUGUGCUUUCGAAAUAUACAGGGGCAGGCAGGGCCUGUGUGCCUGCGGGCCUGCUUGGUGGGCCCCCGACAAACAUCACUUAUUAUUAUUAAAUUAUGCAACAAAUCAUGCGAUUUCGUGGCCUUUUCACAAAGAUACGGGGCUCCUUCGGCCGCCCAGUCUGCCCCUAAAAAAAUAUAUAUAUAAAUUCAUCGUGCCAAAAGGCAUUGCUCCACGAUGUAAUAGUAUGAAGACCAAAAUGUUUGUAAAUGGAAAUAAAAGGAUGGAUUCUGUAUAGUUGAGACUGAGUCAUUCUUCGAUUUUUUUAAAUCGAUAUCCUAUUUUCGUUAAACAAUGGCUACAUUCUCGGCAAAUUACGUCAAAACAGCUGAAUUUAUUAGUGUAAUAUUUUCAACGCAUAAUCUAAAGGGAUAUAUUUUGAGGGUACAGACAGCUUUACCAAAAAAUGGAUCCGACCCGAGUGUUGGUUGUGCCAUUCCCCUCGUCUCCUUCCACUUCAAAGGGGUCUGUACCAGUCAGUUACCAGUCAGUACGGUAGAAGGUGUCAAUAUUCAA